CAAAAACAGUAUCUUGAAAGCAGAUGCAAAGACUGACUUUUAUUUGGUAAGUCUGUUUGAGAUACACGAUACAACUUAUGGCUAUACAGUUCCUCCUCAUUAUAAACAGACACCGCCACAUGUAUCGCUAAGAGUGUUAUUACUUUCAGACUUCUAGAGGUUAGUUGGAUCUAUAUAAGAAAUUAAAGACUGAAACUCAACACUAUCAAGUAGUCAGCUGAAGAAAAUGCUUCUGAAGGUGGCACUUUGUUUGCUUUGGGGGAUCACUAUACUUUCAGUUUGUGGUACUAGUGAUGGCAAUAACUGGGGUGUCUGGUACUCACCCCCUAUUAAUGCUGUGAAGGGUAAGGAUGUUAAGCUCAACAGCACAUUCGACUUCCCUGCAGGGGAGCAAUACAAAUGCUCUUAUUGGUUCAAGAGUCCAAAUGAAACACAGUGUCCUGGAAGUGAUCCUGCUCCAUCUAUUAUACUGAAGGACAGUGUCAAAUAUCAAAUUGUUGAAAAAGCACGUGUGUCUAACCUAACAAUCAGAGAUGUGGACAUCUCCGACACUGGUAGAUACUGCUUCAGGUUUAAAACAAAUGGCAAAAGCCAGGGUUUCACUGGCAGACAGGGCAUAUUGCUUCAAAUUGAUGUUCAAGAUAAUCCAAGUGACAGCACAGCUAUUGGUGCCGGAGUUGGAGUCACCAUUCUGAUACUCGUCCUUAUCAUCACAGCCUUUUUUGUUUUCUACCGCAAGAACCGAGCCAAAGAAAACAAUAUUCCAGUUUGCAAAGAAAAUACAGUUCCUGAUGCAGUAUUUCCAGAGGCCCCAAAGCAAGCAACAAUUAUGGAGCUGCAGAAGACGGACAUAAGUUGCUCAGACAGCAGUGAAGAAACUGGUGUGGUCUAUACAAAAGUUACGACCUUUCCACUACAACAGGAACACGAUAGCAAACCAAAGCGUAAAGAGACACAGUAUGCCGAACUCAGCUUCUAGUAGAUAGCACUUUCUUGUAUUGACCUUGAUAUGAUGCCACUAAACUGAACCAUUGUACCCUUUUGGAAUCCACAGUGAAAUCUGUGACAGAAAGACUUUUUGGAUAGAUUUAAUUCAUUUUUUAUAAUGAUGCAGUUGGGAAUACAAAUAAAUUUGUCAAACGUCUGUCAUAAACGGUUUAUCAAUUUACAUUCAUGAUCUUUCGCCAAACGUGAUGGUUUAUCUGCACAGCAUAUAUUUUGCAAACACAGUCUGAACUUUAAUACCUGUUGUACAAUGUAUCAUUUGUCAGUCCAGCUCCAUGUGAUUUACAUUUUGGUAAAGUGACUGUGAAAACAGUAACUAUGAAAACUUGUAAGAUGUGUGGUGCUAAGAUUUAUUGAGAGUUCUCCAGCAUAUUCAGCAAAAGUGCAGAUGCUAUUGCAUACAGCCUUUUCAGUUUUUGACUAUCUACUGCUAAGAAAAAUAGCUGGGUACAUUACCAGUGAUUACUGGCACUCCAGAUGAAGAUGGGUUAUCCAGUACAAGAGAACAAUAAACAUUUCAGUCAGAGUACAAAAUUACAAAUUUUUUUGAGUGAUCUUGGUUGCUUAUUAUAUAUUUUAGAAAGAUGUAUUAAAUCCCUUUCCAGAACUGCAUGCUUAAUAUGGAGAUGCUUGCUUGCUGUUUCUCAUCUCAUGCUGAACAUGGGAACUACAUUAUCUCUAGAUCUGAGUAGAGGGAGACUGUUUCUCUAAACUAUCCAACAUUGCAUAUUUGCCUUUAUGUUCACACUUACAAAAUGUAAAGAAAAUCAUAUUACCUUUUGUGUACUGGGCUGGACAGCAGGGACAUUGUAUUCAUAACAGCCUAUGAUCCAGUGCCAUAGUUUUUGUGUUAUUAUUAGCAAAAUGUGCAAGUUAUAAUGUCUUGUGGUAACCAUUUCUCUGAUUUCAUGUCAUGUUUGUACUAAACAGUUUCCCACAGAAAAAAAUUCACCAUUCAUACGCACACCUUCUGCCUUCAACUUUUCAUUUUAUGGCCACAGAAGUACCUCACAAAGAGGAUUAUUGGCCUCAGACAGAAGUCCUACACUGACCGUCUCAAAAAACUCCA